CAAGUGGUAGGCUCACGGCCGUGGUCGUGCCUCCUUCCCCAGCGACAUUCUUUCACUCCAAUUGGGAUAAAACUAAAUUUCCGAUCCUCGAAAAACCCUAGGGCAGAAAUCUCACAGGUCCUUAUGGAGAUCGCACCGGCGGUGCCGGCGUCUAACGACGGUGGCAGCGGGAUACCCGCCUCCGCCGCUUCCUCAUCCUCCGUCGAUGCAAUCAAGGCGACUACCGCUUCUCCCCCUUCUUCAUCCGUCAGCGUUACGGCCUUCAAGUAUGACGACGACGACGAUGAGGGGGACGUUUGCCGGAUCUGUCGAAAUCCGGGCGAUGCAGACAAUCCUCUCCGGUACCCCUGCGCAUGUAGCGGCAGUAUUAAGUAUGUUCACCAAGAUUGCCUCCUUCAAUGGCUCAAUCACAGCAACGCUCGCCAGUGCGAGGUGUGCAAACAUGCCUUUUCUUUCUCCCCCGUGUAUGCUGAGAAUGCUCCAGCAAGGCUUCCUUUUCAAGAAUUUUUUGUUGGGAUGGCGAUGAAGACGUGCCAUGUUCUGCAAUUUUUCUUGCGCCUUAGCUUCGUUCUAUCGGUUUGGCUUGUAAUAAUUCCUUUCAUAACGUUUUGGAUAUGGCGGUUGGCAUUUGUUAGAAGCUUUGGUGAAGCUCAUAGGCUAUUCUUAAGUCAUAUAUCUACGGCAGCUCUUCUUACAGACUGCCUGCAUGGGUUCCUCCUCUCUGCAAGCAUUGUAUUUAUUUUUCUUGGGGCAACUUCAUUGAGGGACUACUUCAGACAUUUACGUGAACAUGGAGGACAAGAUGGUGAUAGGGAAGAUGAUGGGGAUAGAAAUGCUGCCCAAGCUCGAAGACCUCCUGGUCAAGCUAACAGAAAUUUGGCCGGUGAAGGAAAUGGCGAAGAUGCAAAUGGAGCUCAAGUAAUUGCAGGACCUGGUCAGCUGGUCAGAAGAAAUGCCGAAAACGUUGCUGCCCGUUGGGAAAUGCAGGCAGCAGCACAUCUUGAGGCUAAUGUUGAACAGAUGUUUGAUGGGUUAGAUGAUGCUGAAGGUGCAGAGGAUGUACCAUUUGAUGAACUUGUUGGCAUGCAGGGGCCAGUCUUUCAUCUUGUUGAAAAUGCGUUCACUGUACUUGCUAGUAAUAUGAUAUUCCUUGGGGUCAUAAUCUAUGUCCCUUUUUGGCUGGGUCGUAUUAUACUCUAUUAUUUGACAUGGCUCUUGUCCUCUGCUACCAGUCCAGCAUUGUCAACUGCCACGCCUCUUUCUGAAACAGCAAUUUCUUUGGCUAAUAUCACCUUAAAGAGUGCAUUGACUACUGGUGCAAACUUGACAUCUGGAAACCUGGAUAAUAAUUUGCCCGAUCAAGUAGCAGAAAUGAUGAAGGCAAAUGACACUGGACUGAAUGAAGUGUCAGCCAACCUCAGUAUGGUAGUUUCAGCUGAGCUUUUGAAAGACACAUCUAUUGGGGCUUCACGGCUUUCUGACAUGACCACUCUUGCUGUUGGAUAUAUAUUUAUAUUUUCUCUCGUCUUCUUCUAUCUUGGAGUUGUGGCUUUAAUCCGGUACACUAGAGGAGAACCUUUGACAUUGGGGAGGUUUUAUGGAAUUGCUUCAAUUGCCGAAACUAUUCCUUCUCUUUUCAGGCAAUUUGUGGCAGCAAUGAGACACCUAAUGACUAUGAUUAAGGUUGCUUUUCUUUUGGUUAUUGAACUUGGGGUUUUCCCCUUGAUGUGCGGAUGGUGGCUGGAUGUUUGUACCAUAAGAAUGUUUGGAAAGUCAAUUACACAAAGAGUUGAGUUUUUUUCAGUUUCUCCAUUGGCAAGCUCACUGAUCCACUGGGUUGUAGGGAUCAUCUACAUGCUACAAAUAAGCAUCUUCGUUAGCCUUCUCCGAGGGGUCUUGCGUUAUGGAGUUCUUUACUUUCUUCGAGAUCCAGCCGAUCCAAAUUAUAACCCAUUCAGGGAUCUCAUUGACGAUCCUGUACACAAGCAUGCUAGGAGAGUUCUUUUGUCUGUAGCUGUUUAUGGCAGUUUGAUUGUGCUGCUGGUGUUUUUGCCCGUCAAACUUGCCAUGCGAAUAGCUCCCACCAUUUUCCCUCUUGAUAUUUCUGUAUCAGAUCCAUUUACUGAAAUUCCUGCAGACAUGCUUCUAUUUCAAAUCUGCAUCCCUUUUGCCAUCGAACAUUUUAAAUUGCGGACAACAAUCAAGUCUCUUCUGCGAUAUUGGUUUACAGUUGUUGGUUGGGCCCUUGGCUUGACCGAUUUCUUACUGCCUAGACCAGAGGAUAAUGGUGGACAAGAGAAUGGAAACGGUGACCAGGGCAGACAAGGUAGAGUCCACGGGCAGCUAGGUAGACAAGAUCAGGCUAUAGUGGGACUGGAUGAUGAUUUAAAUAGAAUGAUGAACACAGCAGCACUAAAUGACAAUUCUACAGAGGAGCAUGAUGGUCACCAACAAACUGACUCUGACAGGUACAGCUUUGUGCUUCGAAUCGUGCUGCUUUUGGUUGUAGCUUGGAUGACUUUGCUUACAUUCAAUUCUGCCUUGAUAAUUGUACCAAUUUCACUGGGACGUGCGCUCUUUAAUGCUCUUCCGCAUUUGCCAAUCACACAUGGAAUCAAGUGCAAUGAUUUGUAUGCAUUUGUUAUUGGAAGUUAUGCUAUUUGGACUGCCUUAGCUGGAGCUAGGUACUGCAUUGAGCAUGUCAGGACUGGAAAUGCUACCAUUCUUAUUGGCCUAAUUUGGAAAUGGUGCGGCAUUGCUCUAAAGAGUUCUGCUCUUCUGUCGAUAUGGAUAUUCGUCAUCCCAGUUUUAAUUGGACUGCUUUUUGAACUUCUGGUGAUUGUGCCUAUGCGAGUGCCAGUGAAUGAGAGUCCGGUUUUCCUCCUAUAUCAGGAUUGGGCUCUUGGGCUUAUCUUUCUGAAGAUCUGGACUAGGCUGGUAAUGCUGGAUCACAUGAUGCCAUUGGUGGACGAUAGCUGGCGAAUAAAAUUUGAGAGGGUGAAGCAAGACGGGUUCUCUCGGCUGCAGGGAUUUUGGAUCCUUCGGGAGAUUGUCGUCCCGAUCAUAAUGAAGCUUCUCACGGCGCUGUGUGUUCCUUAUGUGUUAGCCAGGGGGGUUUUCCCGAUACUCGGCUACCCUCUGGUGGUCAACUCUGCCGUUUACCGGUUUGCUUGGCUGGGAUGCCUCGGCUUCAGCCUCUUGUGGUUCUGCGGGAAGCGAUUCCAUGUAUGGUUCACCAACCUCCACAACUCAAUCCGGGACGACCGCUAUUUGAUCGGCCGCCGGCUUCACGAUUUUGGUGAAGUAGCACCACAAUAUGAUUCAGACGACGACCAACUGGCUACAAAUAUGGGUAGGGUGAGGCACAGAAUUGGUUAUAUGCAAGUUAUUGAUUAAGGAUUAAGGAUGAGAACCAAAAGAAAACAAAGAAAACAGAGGGAGAGAUGUGAAGUACUGCUGCUUUGUGUUAAUUGAUUACUCGUCAAUGAAGAAGGGGGGAGUUUGUUAAUUGGUGAAAACUUCUGUGUUGGUCAAUAAUUUUUAGUUCGACUCUGGAAGUUUUGUGAAUAUAUUUGUCUGAUUGUGGCUUGAAAAGGUGUAAAUUAGCUCUAUAUAUACACUACAAACAGGUCUCCGUUACCGCUUUUAGUCCAUAUGCUCCUCUUGUUAACCUUUUUGUAUCAUUGAUUUAUGGAGAGAGAGACAGAGAGAGAGGGCUCCGAGAGAUAGAGGAUGUCAUCGCCGGGUUGUCAUCGCGGUCUUCACCGGUAUCUUUAUUUCAUUGUUCAUUAAUAUCAAUUUUUUCCUCAGUUGAUACUCCCAUUCAUUAAUGUUUGAAUUUUUGUUAGAUCCGUUUAUUUCUAAAUGAUUUCUAAAUUUGAAAGCCCUUUUUUAAAACUUUAGAAACCCUUGAAUAUUUUAGAUCUGUUUAGAACAACCAUGCAUGUGAAUUUUUGUAAAUGAUUAAUAAUAAGUUUUUGCUUUAUAAGUUUAAAUCAUCUUUUAAAAUUACGGUAAAUCGGUGGAAGAGAAUAUGAAUUUUCUCCUUCAUGCCUUGUUCUAAAGGCAUGUUCAUUCGUAAAAAUAUUUAUUUAUUUGAUCAUAAUAAGAUUAAUUUCUAAAUACUGGUACGUUAGAUUUCAAGCCUAAAUUUUGAUGUUUUAUUGAAGGAAAAAUUCUAAUUCUCAUUUACUACUUGUAAAUGUUUAUAAUGUCUUGUUUAAUUCAUAAAUUACAAUAAUUUCUUAACAUUAUAUUUACAUUGAUUUCGAUAGGAGUUUUGUUGUAUUUCCAGCAUCAAGGUUUAUAUUUCCUUGUUUUCAAAAAUUUAUUCGUGACAUGUUGCAUUUAAAAGUCAUGAUUUUACAUCUUUUGUUCUGACCAAAUAAAUGGGAGUGUAGAUU